AGUGUCUACCAUGUUGUCUUUCAGGCACAUAAACAUUAUGUCUCUUAUUGGAGUGUGUAUUGAUGGAGAGAUGCUCCUGCUUAUCAUGCCAUUUAUGUCCAAUGGAAGUGUGUUGGAGUAUGUUAGGAAACACAAAGACAGGCUCUUUAUCACUGGCGAGCUCCUAAGAGUGGAGUUACAACCAGCAUCUGCUGCACUUCUUCGGAUAUGUCUCCACAUUGCACAAGGAAUGGAGUAUCUUUCUAGAAACAAGUUUGUUCAUCGUGACUUGGCAGCAAGAAACUGCAUGAUUGACGGGGAAGGAGUAAUCAAAGUGGCUGAUUUUGGACUCACAGAGGACAUGUAUUGCACUAACUACUUCCGUCGAAGGAAGAGUGAGACUGGACACGAGGAGAAGGUCCCCGUACGGUGGAUGGCCCCCGAGAGUAUUGAAGACUCUGUCUAUACACAGGCUACUGAUGUAUGGUCCUAUGGAGUGACAAUGUGGGAGAUUUUCACUUGUGGGAGGGUCCCAUACGCUGGAAUACAUGCCAUGGGUCUCUUGAAGCAGCUAAAGAGAGGAGAGAGACUGGAGAAACCUGACAACAAGGCCUGCCAUGAUGACAUAUAUGACGUGAUGUUCUCAUGCUGGAAACUGGAAGCUGGUGGACGCCCAAAGUUCUCUGAUUUGGUUGUCACAGUGAAUGACCUCCUGGAAAGAGAUGCUGGCUACCUGGAGCUCUCUCGGUUCCCAACUCUUACAGUGGCUACUACAACACCCCCACCUCCAUCUCCUGCUGAUCAUCCUCUGGCAGAGUUGGCAGUUUCUGAACCAGACAUGGACAAUGACUUACGAGUGUAAAGUAAUUGCACUGACUGUCGGUUUGAUAGACUCAGUUGACUUACAGUUUAGCUAAUUAUUAAACCCUGUAGUUCCCAUGGCAUAGGGGUGUAUAUACUACAAUGAAAAGCACCAUUGU